GAGGAAAUGAAUUGAGUCGCUUUCGCGAAAGGGACCCCGGCUCUGCCUCCCUGAGUCCCUUCCCUUCCCUCGUGGCCACCCCUCAGAAGACCGCGGGAGCCCCGUCGAUUAGGGGACCAAUUGAUCUAGGGAUUCGUUGGAAUUUUCCAUGAAGCAAGUGAAGUUAUCAUAAGGCACAGACUAAAGUUGUGUACAUUAUACGAGAAUCAACAUCCUCCUCUGCUCUAUUUGCACUAGAACACAGACCUUUGUCAGCUCCUGGUUAAAAAGAUGGUGAAUCCCCAUAUGGUUAGCCAAGAUGAGUAUGUGUGUGCCUUUUUGUGAUUAGAAUUAAGCUGAAAGUGAUAAAUCCAAGUUGUUGAUGGAGCAUGCUACCUGUGAUGAUGCACACGAGCAUGUUAUAAAUGUGGCACAUGGAGAAACUGCAUCAACAUCUACCGGUCAUCAAGAUCUGCACAGUGAUACAGAUGAACCACAUCAGGAAGAUAGGCCUUCGACAAGCACACGAACUCCGUCACCAGAAUCUUCAGCAUCAACCUCUCCAACUGCAUAUAACUCCAACAGUUUAUCAUUUCCUAGAAGAGAUAGUAUCUAUAGUCAUGGAAGAAGUCUGUGGAAUUCUGGUUUAUGGAUAUCGUUUGAACUUGUCAUAUAUGUAGCACAGAUUAUAGCUGCUAUUGUCAUCCUCAUCCUUUCAACUCAUGAACUUCCCCAUGCCCCUUUGUUUGCAUGGAUAAUUGGUUAUACAGUUGGCUGCGUUGCAAGUCUUCCUCUUAUUUAUUGGCGCUAUGUCCAUCGAAACAGACCUUCGGAGGAAGAACCUGAACAGCCACCUACCACUUAUCCUACCCUGACAUCCUCUCAAUCAUCAGAAGGACGCAAUCAGCGUACCAGUGGUACUGUCUUGCAUCUUGGGUGUAUCACAGUUUCUUGUCCAAGGCCCAGCAUACUGGCUUACCAUUCCAAGACAGCUGUAGACUGUUUCUUUGCUGUAUGGUUUGUUGUUGGCAAUGUGUGGAUUUUUGGUGGGCGUGGCACUUCUUCAGAUGCUCAGGACGCUCCCAAUAUGUAUAGGCUAUGUUUAGCAUUCCUUGCACUUAGUUGUGUUGGGUAUGCUGUUCCUUUCAUCAUGUGUGCAGCGAUAUGCUGCUGCUUUCCAUGCUUAAUUUCUGUUCUGCGCCUCCAAGAGGAUUUGGGUCAAACUAGAGGAGCUACUCAAGAGCUAAUUGAAGCACUGCCAACCUAUAAAUUCAAACCAAGACGGAGCAAAAACUGGGGGCUUGACUAUGCUUCGAGCUCAGAGAAUCUUAGCGAGGGUGGCAUCCUGGGCCCAGGGACUAAGAAGGAAAGAACUGUUUCAGCUGAAGAUGCUGUGUGCUGCAUUUGCCUUACUAAGUAUGGUGACGACGAUGAACUCCGUGAACUUCCUUGUACUCACUUGUUUCAUGUGCAAUGUGUUGAUAAAUGGCUCAAGAUAAAUGCAGUAUGCCCACUCUGCAAGACAGAUAUUGGAGGCGUGGUUCGAUCAUUGUUUGGAUUGCCCUUUGGUCGCCGUCGCGUUGAUAGAGUGACAGGAAGGGGCGUAGCUAGCUCAAGAUUUACUGUAUAGAACAUGUCCUUCUGCUCUGGUAUGCUUGCUUUGUUCCAUUUAUUUCUGCAUAGUGGUGCUAAUGGGAUUCAGUGGGCUGAUUGUCAAGGAAAGUGUUAAACUGCUUUCUGUCAGACUGUCACGCUUGGCUUCACUGAAGUGAUGACAGCAAGUGGUGAUCUGGUGCUUGUAAUGGCAAGUUUCACUGAUAAAGUGGAGCUGAUGCUAUAUUCUGAUGUAUCGUUUGACAUCCAGCUUGUAAAUAAAGAACACAAAGUUCAGUUCUGAGGUGCAUGGGCAUGGGGAAGGACGAUAUAUUUUGUUGAAUUAAGAAUAUAACUUUGCAGGCAUUCUAUUUUUUUUUAA